AUGGAUCCUCUGGAGGUGCCUCCUCUCACCCCCACCAGUAAAGAGGUUCUGACCCAGGCAGUGAGGGCCAGUUUCGCCGGCUUCACUCAGGAGAGGAGCCGUCUGCGGUUCCCCAGGGACCCCAGCUUGUGGUCAGAGUGGCAUGUUGACCACUGGUUAGACUGGUGCCAGGCUGAGUUCGGCCUGCAAAGCCUGGGGAUGGAUUUGCGGGGCAUUCGAGGAUGUGAGCUUUGCAGCCUGGACAGAGAGGGCUUCUUGGCUCUGAUCUCUGACUGCACCGCAGGAGAAAUCUUGUGGGAGCACCUGGAAACCAUGCACAAAGGUAAACACAUGGAGAUAAGUUUCGACACCUGCUUUGUCUUUGCCAGAGUCAAAAUGGACAGAGAGAAAUGUUAG